AUGAAUGGGCCGUUCCCGGAGGUAGGUGCAAUACCGGGUCGACCCGCGGUAGGUGAGGAGCAAGCCCCUACAAACCCACCAAG